AUGCUGGUCCAGGUCCAGUUGCUCUGGCUGCUCUUGGCUCUCACAGGAUCCAAGGGUCAGGUACAGCUGGUGGAGUCCGGAGGAGGCAUGAAAUAUGCAGGGGAGUCUCUGCGUCUCUCCUGCCAGGCCUCAGGAUUCAACUUUGGGGGCUAUGCUAUGAACUGGUAUCGGGUGGCUUCAGGAAAGUCUCGUGAAUUUGUCGCCAGCAUCAGUUCCUGGGAUGGGAGUAACACCAAUUAUGCGGAUGCAGUCAAGGGUCGAUUCACCAUCUCCAGGGACAACGCCAAUAGCCGGCUGUACCUGCAGAUGAACUGGCUGAGAGUGGAGGACACGGCCCGGUAUAUCUGCCACGUUCACAUAAAUACCAUUGUGUGCUAUCAUGACUAUUACGGACCAGGGACAACAGUCACGGUGAAACCAUGGACUGAGUCUCUGGUAGAGUCUGGGGGAGCUGUGAAAUCAGUUGGGGAAUCUCUCCGUCUGUCCUGCACAGCCUCCAGAUUCAUCUUUGGGAACUCUGAGAUGGGCUGGUACCGGCAAGCUCCUGGGCGAGGACCAGAAUGGGUCUCCCACCUUGACCCCUCCGGGAGAAACCCCCGGUACGCUGAGGCCGUGAGGGGCCGCUUCUCCAUCUCCAGAGACAACGCCAAAGGCCAGCUGUACCUGCAGCUGGAUAAUCUGCAAGUCGGGGACAGCGGCCGGUAUUACUGUGUGAGUCUCACAGAGAAAGACAAUAAUGCACAGCUAAUUUUCAGAACUGGAACAGAAGUUAUAGUGGAACCACGAGCCCAAGCUGAAUCCCAGCCCACGGUCUAUGUUCUGAGGAACCAGAGCUUCGCUGGUUGCCUGGUGAAGGAUUUCUACCCCAAGGAGCUGCGCCUGACUCUGUCCGCGCGCCGCCCACCAGUCACAGAGCCUCUCCAGGCUACGGCCCCCUCCUCCCGGGGAACCUACAGCGCUGUCGGGAUCGGACAGUUCGGCGAGGAAGAUACGGUGACCUGCUCUGUGCAGCAUGGCUCUGUGCAGAUAAUUGUGACCGAAGGGCAGGAUGCAGCACCAGUACAACCCCGUUCAAGAAAGUCCAGGCAGUCUGACCCUGCCCAUCCAGAAAGAAGAUACGCAGCACAUCCUGGUUCAGAAAAUCCUGAUGAAUCUGUUCUCACUUGUUCAGAACAGAGCCUCACAGGAGACCAUGAGUGGGGCAACACACUGCCUAUUGUCAUUCUGGCGCUCAGAGUCCUGCUCGUGAAAAGUGUCGCACUCAACCUUCUUCUGACAGUCCAGGCCUCGUGCUGCUGAGGCUGCUGGAGCCUUCUGUCUGGACACCACCACCUGCCAAGCUUUGUUUCCACUGGCCCUGAAUCACUUCCCUCCUCCUUGUCUGGAA